AUGUUUGCCAAGCUGCAGGUCCCCUGCGUGGCGGUGGUGGAGAACAUGGCAUACUUUGACGGCGACGACGGCAAGCGGUACUUGCCGUUUGGCGCGGGCAGCGGCGAGCGCAUCCAGCGCGACUUUGGUGUGCCCAACCUUGUGAGGUUCCCCAUUAUGCCAGACCUCUCCGCGGCGGGCGACGGCGGCACCCCCUUGGUCGUCUCAGACCCGACUGGGGCGGUCGGAUCGGCCUUCAUGGAGCUCGGCGCCGCAGUUGUGCGUGAGGUGGCCAAGAACAGCGCGGCCGCCCGCAACACGGUGCACUACGACGAGUCACGCGACGUCCUUGUCAUCAAGCUGGCCGGCCGCGACGCGUUCGCGGUGCGGCCGUCGGCCGUGCGCGCGGCCGACACGUCCGCGGCGGCGAUCGACGAGUGGACGGGGGAGCGGCUGGGGCCGGCGGCGGCGCCGGAGGGGGUGCGGCCGGCGGGCGUGGCGCCGGUCGGCAACUACGCCGUGCAGGCGCGCGCGCUGAACACGUCGUCCUCCCUGCCCCUGACACUCAUGCACGUGUCGCCUGACCGCUCUCGUGUCGUCUCCCCCCCUCCCCCGCCCACCCUGUUUGGCACGAAGAUUGCAUGGGAGGACGGGUUCAACCAGGUGGCGCCAUUUGAGGUGCUUGCCGACCUCGAGGGCGACAGCGUGGAGGAGGCCGCGAGCGUGCAGCUGUCGCUAGGCGGCCUGCAGGCGACUGCGGAGAUCUCGGGAUGA